AUCAAAUGCUAAUCCACAUGUCAUUGUGAUUUAUCUACUAGAUGUAGACGUGGACAAUAAUGUCUUUUUUUGAAUCGCAUUUUCCGGUAAGAAUAUUAAAUUGGAGCUACAGAAUGAGCAUACAAAACGGCAGAUUGGCCUUCAACUUGAAAAAAGACGAAGGUUUUUUUGGAUUCGCCACCAUUGGUCUAAUAUAAAGCGCACUUGUAUUAUUUUUUGCGAAAUCUGUUGUUUGCCGUCAGUUAAGUCCAUUGACAGAAGAAAAAAUAUAUAUUUUAUCUUCUGUAAUUGCUUAAGGACAUCAACAUGUUUCAAAAACUGAUAGUCUGUGGUUUAUUCUUAAUUUUAUUUGAAUUUACAACCGGCUAUCGCGAGGAGCAUUCCAUUUUAGAUGCAUUUUUACCAAUCUAUCGUACAAUUAGAAAAAAUAUAUUUAAAACUUUGGAAAGUAGCCAAAAUCGAGUUACAAAAAGGAGAUCUUUGUUUAAUAAUAAUCCAAAAAUACAGAGAAGUUUAGAACAAGCCAAUUUUCCUUGUGAUUUGAAUGGAACGUUAAGAAGUAAAGAAAUUCCUACGACAGUUGAUAAACUUCGUGCAGGUGAUAUAGAUAUCGUAGGAGCCAUAGGAGACAGCAUUACAGCUGGGUAUGGAAUUUUUGAUACCACUGGCUUGACACAUACUCUAUAUGAAGCCAGAGGGUCGUCCUUUAGCAUAGGUGGUCAAGAAACAUGGGACACGUAUUUAACAGUGCCCAAUAUAUUAAAAUUAUACAAUCCAAAGAUUUACGGGUAUUCCUUGGAUUCUAUUACUACAGAUAAAAGAUCUAAAUUCAAUAUGGCUGAAGGCGGUGCCAUUUCUGAAAAUAUGCCCUACAUGGCAAAGGUUCUAGUGAAGAGGAUGAAGAAUGAUAGAAACGUUGACUUGAAGAAACACUGGAAAAUGGUAACUGUGUUUUUUGGUCAUAAUGAUUUCUGUACCAACGUAUGUUACGAGAAAGAUUUCCAACAAGUUUUACGUAGACACGAAAAUGAUAUGAAAUAUGUAUUACGAAUUUUGAAGCACAACUUGCCCAGGACUGUUGUAAAUAUCUUACCACCUUUCAAUUUACGUGAAAUAACAAAUCAACCGAAUCAAGGCCCAUUCUGUCAAUUGAGCAGAACCUUUUACUGUCCUUGUGUAAUGGCGUUGCAGUACGCCCAUUUGAUGCAGAAGAUUUUCAAUCUGAUGUUAGAUUGGCAAAAAAUAGAUAUUGAUGUAGCUAACUCCCCUGAAUUUCAUACUCAGGACUUUACUGUUAUUCCUCAUUACUUUACAGUAAACUAUACUGUUCCCACGAAAAGAAACGGCGAUACUGACUGGGGUUAUAUUGGUCCAGAUUGUUUUCAUUUGAGUCAAAAAGGACACGCAAAAAUGGCCAACGAUUUAUGGAAUUCGCUCUUCCAACCAAUUGAGAAAAAAGGAUCUUCAACCAGAUACGAAUUUGAAAAAUUUAACUGCCCCACUGACGAAAAUCCUUAUAUUUGUACCAAAGAAAAUAGUGCUCAAUAAAUAUUUAACUACAAAACAAAAAG